AUGACCCAUCCAUCACCACCAUCACAGCCACGACCCAUCCAUCUCCACCAUCACGGCCACAACCCAUCCAUCACCACCAUCACUGCCAUGACCCAUCCAUCAUCACCAUCACUGCCACGACCCAUCCAUCACCGCCACACCCCAUCCAUCACCGCCACACCCCAUCCACCGCCACACCCCAUCCACCGCCACACCCCAUCCACCACCACACCCCAUCCAUCACCGCCACACCCCAUCCAUCACCGCCACACCCCAUGCACCGCCACACCCCAUCCACCACCACACCCCAUCCAUCACCGCCACACCCCAUCCACCGCCACAUCCCAUCCAUCACCGCCACACCCCUUCCACCGCCAGACCCAUCCACCACCACACCCCAUCCAUCACCGCCACAGCCCAUCCACCACCACACUCCAUCCAUCACUGCCACACACCAUCCACCGCCACAUCCAAUCCAUCACCGCCACACCCCAUCCCCGCCACACCCCAUCCAUUACCGCCACACCCCAUCCACCGCCACACCCCAUCCACCGCCACACCCCAUCCAUUACCGCCACACCCUAUCCACCGCCACACCCCAUCCACCACCACACCCGAUCCAACACCACACCCCAUCCACCACCACACCCCAUCCAUCACCGCCACACCCCAUCCAUCACCGUCACACCCCAUCCAUCACCGCCACACCCCAUCCAUCACCGCCACACCCCAUCCACCGCCAUCACCGCCACACCCCAUCCACCGCCACACCCCAUCCAUCACCGCCACACUCCAUCCAUCACCGCCACACCCCAUCCACCAACAUCACCGCCACACCCCAUCCAUCACCGCCACACCCCAUCCAUCACCGUCACACCCCAUCCAUCACCGCCACACCCCAUCCAUCACCGCCACACCCCAUCCACCGCCAUCACCGCCACACCCCAUCCAUCACCGCCACACUCCAUCCACCGCCACACCCCAUCCACCACCAUCACCGCCACACCCCAUCCAUCACCGCCACACCCCAUCCACCGCCACACCCAAUCCACCGCCACACCCCAUCCAUCACCGCCACACCAAAUCCACCGCCACACCCAAUCCAUUUCCACACCCCAUCCAGCGCCACACCUCAUCCAUCACCGUCACACCCCAUCCAUUACCGCCACACCCCAUCCACCACCAUCACCACCACACCCCAUCCACCGCCACACCCCAUGCAUCACCGUCACACCCCAUCCAUUACCGCCACACCCCAUCCACCACCAUCACCACCACACCCCAUCCACCGCCACACCCCAUGCAUCACCGCCACACCCCAUCCACCGCCACACCCCAUCCAUUACCGCCACACCCCAUCCACAGCCACACCCCAUCCACCGCCACACCCCAUCCAUUACCGCCACACCCCAUCCACCGCCACACCCCAUCCACUGCCACACCCCAUCCACCACCAGACCCCAUCCAUCCCCACCACGCCCCAUCCACUACCACACCCCAUCCAUCACCGCCACACCCAAAAAAUCACCGCCACAUCCCAUCCACCGCCACACCCUAUCCAUCACCGCCACACCCCAUCCACCACCGCCACACCCCAUCCACCACCAUCACCGCCACACCCCAUCCACCACCAUCACCGCCACACCCCAUCCAUCACCGCCACACCCCAUCCACCGCCACACCCCAUCCACCGCCACACCCCAUCCAUCACCAUAA